AUGGCGACCAUUCGACCAUUGCACCCGAUCGAGGUCCAUCGCGCGGACCUCGUCAGACGACAGGAUAUUCCAACAGAGCCAGGACCUGUUCUGCCCAAUCCUUCUAUCGUGGGCGGUCCCUCAAUUAUCACGUUCAACCACGAUGUCUCCAUCGAACUCAACUGUCGGGCCGGCCCGGAUGGCCUGGUCACAUUGUCCGUUCCAGCUCCCGCGUCGGCCGGCACGCACUUCGCAAACCCCGAAUUGGGCUCAGAUGGGUCUUCGAACGUGGGAAGCGUAACAACCCUGGCAAGCAGCAGCGACUACUCUUUCUCGACGAAACCGGUGUCAAGGACUUUCCAACAAGGAAAUGGUGGCAGGCAUGGCCCUACCGAGAACCUUGACUGUCAAUCGACGACUCUGUCCACUUCAACAGAAGGUCCGUCAGGCUCCGCGGCAGCCCAGAGUACUGCUUGCCCAUGCACGCAGUCUGCCCCAGGGGCUCCAAGUUUCUCUCGUCCGACUCAAACUUAUGCCAGCCAGCCAUCUGCACAGUUUUCUUUGUCAACCACUAGUCCUGACUCUGGCAACUUUCCCAGCCAAACAACUCAACUGUCGACGAGAGAUUGUGACGAGCCCAGCUCGUUGUUUAGCCUCACUACUACCACUACUUCUCCGGUUUCCACUCUGACACAGUCAACAACCUUUGGAACCGUCUCAUCCACGUCUCGACCAGAGUCCACUGACUGUUCCGAAGAGAUGUUGAGACUGACCCCGACGCCACCGAUGCCAUUCAGCCUGCCGACGGCAAGUUCUGUAUGGAGCACCAGCACGAUUCCCUCCGUUCAGUCCCUGGCUUCUAGCGGUCAUUGCUCCAACUCGUCAUCUAGCUACACGAGUACAUCCUUCACAUCAAGUACGAGCUUGAGCUCCAGCUCAUGCACCGAUGAAACUACCACAUCGAGUUCUUCUACACAGCAUCACUCGACUACCACUAGCCUUGUGUCGACGGACUGCGAAUCUGCAGUUACGUCCAGCACGCAGCACACGCAACCUUCCCAUGGCUCAGCUUCUCUCCGACAGGCGACCAUCAAUACGACUUCAACAAGUCAUACCGAGAGCUCUCGGUCCAGUAGUUUUUCUUCGCAGAGCGUGGUUCUCACCACAGGGCCAGCGGAGUAUACAACAGCGCCGUCUACGCCUCCUGCGUAUCUCCCUCUUUUGAAUGAGUACUCGUUUCUCAGUACGCCGCCACUCUACGGCUCGAGCAUCUCGAGUUCUUCUCACACAACUGUACUCAACACUGGUACCGGUACCACCAACACACUUCAUGCGGCAUCCACACGCGAAACUACCCAAGAAUAUGUCUACGGACCCACCACGGCCCUCCUUGCACCGUCGCUGCAACUACCCACACAUGUCCUUGCUGCAUCUGCCACGGAACGUCGCGACGAGGGCAUUGCCAGAGACUCGCAACGCACCGACUAUGACGACGCGCCUUUGCGCCCCGCAGCUACAGCAUCUCAGGCCAAGGCCCGUGUCGUUCAAGUCACCAUCAUCUCACUCGGCGCUGGCGGCAGGAUGGAGACAUCGGUGGUGGUAGUUCAACAGGAUGCGCCACUUCCCACUGGACUGGCGCUCGUUGCAAACCCUCCAGAGGGUACAGAGCUCGCAGGCAAUAUUUUGACACAUGCUGAUGAGCUCACUGCUCCAAGCCCACACGGUCUGAGCACUGAGAGUCUUGGAAGCGAGCCCUCAACACUGAAGCGUGUGGAGGGGACGAUGCAUACUGUCGAGGUAGCGGGCGAAACGGCUGCCAUGGUGGAGGCAACCCCAAUGAUAGUAACUGGGAGUGCCACACCAAGGAAGCCGCUGCGAACUGCGCUUUACUUUGCAGUCGGUCUAGCAGUCUUCUUUUUGGGUGGCACAAUUGCGGGCUAA